UGCGGUUGUGUUACGGCUCUGAAAGCGAUCUAUUCUCGGCCCAUUAACAGUGAUGCAGGAACCUGCACCGAAACAACCAAAUAUUGCUCCUGUCUUGCCCAAAUUAAGUUUCCUUUUAUUGGUCGCAACAAUGUUUCUCGCGUCAGCUAUGGUGAUUUUCCUUUUCAUUCUCCCUUCCGAACAAAAGAACAAAGAUUUUUACACAUUUCAAGGAGUAAACAUCAGAGGCAAGUUAAUUUCACUGGAGAAGUACAGAGGGUCGGUUUCUUUAGUUGUUAAUGUUGCCAGUGAAUGUGGCUUCACGGAGAAUAAUUAUAAAGACCUACAGCAGUUGCAGCGGGAACUGGGGCCAAUGCAUUUCAAUGUCCUAGGAUUUCCCUGUAAUCAGUUUGGAAAUCAAGAACCAGGAACUGAUCAAGAGGUUGAGAUGUUUGUUCGAAAGACGUUUGCAGUUUCCUUCCCAAUGUUCAGUAAGAUCAUUGUCAAAGGCACUGGUGCGAAUGCAGCAUUCAAAUAUUUGAUAGACUCCACUGGUAAGGAACCAGAUUGGAAUUUCUGGAAGUAUCUUGUGGAUCCAAAGGGUCAGGUGGUUGAUGUCUGGCCACCUUCUGUUUCAGUUGCAGAAAUAAAGCCAAAAAUUGUAUCGCUAGUGAGACAGCUCAUUGUGAAACAGAAAGAAGAAUUGUAAUGUAAACCUGAUUUAUUAACAAUUAUUGUCAUGUUAUUCAAUUGCACAUUAGUAUUGGUCAAUCAUUUCUGUUUCAAUUUAGUUUUAUGAAGCCCACUAAUUCGAAUUAUGUGGCAUAAACUUGAAAGUAAAUUGUUUUUCACAUGCAACAAAAGGUAAUUCAACCACUAUUUAUAGUUUUACAAUUUGUGGGGGGGAAGAAAGAGCAUACAUUUAAUGUCAAUAAUUCCAUGUGAAAUUUACACAAGCUUGUUUGUUACUCAUGUUGAUCAAAAGAUGAAUUCGUGAAUUAUUUCAGGUUAAAAUUCAUUAAACGUAAAAUUAGAUUGCAGUAUAAAUAUUACAGAAAACAUUUUCUUUUUUUGAUUCUGAAGGGGUAAUUUUAACCAGGUGUUAAAUUCAAGAAGGGAUGGGGUGAGCCCCACAUUUUAACAAGCCUUUUCAACUGACCGUCUGAAUCGGGUGGAAAGGGGUAGUGGGUGGCAGGGGAAAUCAGUGGAAAUCUUGCUGCUUUUAAAGUGGGCUAGAAUUUGGCCUCAUCAGCGGAGAGAGGAGAUAGUCUAUGGUUGGUGGUGGGGGGGGGGUUUAAACACAUCUCACCUUGCCAUACAUACUCUGUUCUCACUAUUUCCAUUUGGGAGUCAGUUACAAGUCCUACCCAUUGUCCAAGGGCCAUAGUUAAAAUUGCAGUUGAGGCCUAAUUAUGUUAUUGAAAACUGAUUUCCAUUUUGAAAAAGAGCGUCUGCAUUUCCAGGUGGAUUUUUUUUACUGUUUGCUCAGAAGAGCAAGUUAAAGUCUGUGUUGGGCAGAGGUAAAAACAAGCAGGAACUUAUUAAGUCACCCAAUUGUAAGUAUUUUAACUGUCUGAAUGCUAGAGGUGCAGGGAUUAAUAACAAAUGCUUACCCUAUCCCUAAUAUUUCUGUUAGUGCCAAAUUAUGUUAGUAAAGUGGGAAUAGUGUAAACGAUGGAUUUUUGGGACGACUGUUAUGUAAUGAGAUGCCCAACACUAAUUUUAUUUAAUUGUACGGGUAUAGUAUGUCACAGUUCGAGGCUAAAGAAGGGAAAUGUUUUUCAUUAAGUCAUUAUUUGUCUCCCUCUACUGAUUGGACAUAUUAACUAAAUUGUUAUCUGUAGCUAGCAGGACCUCACCUUAUGAGAGUUUUAAUUUGUUGGUCAACAAAUUCCUUUUCAAUUUGGAGUGUAUGGAUUUUUCUAUUUUUCUGACUCAAUAGUCUUUAACGCAAGGGAAGAUUUCUGCUCUGCUCUUCUGAAUGGAAUACUGCACAAGAGAAAUGGCUGUGGGAAAUAAAGGACAUUCCUCCAAUUCUCUUUUCAUUUAUGAUACCCCCGCAAAGAAAGGUCCUAGAUUGAUAUAAGCAAUGAUUCAUACUAUUGUUUCAAACUAUAUUUCCCUGAUGAACCAAAUUUCUUAUUCAUGAUGCAGCAUGUUUAAUACAUUUUCUUGAAAUCCUUGUCCAAAAAUAUUGUUACUUGUAUUAAAGAAUAGAAAAUUAAUUUUCUAUUGGAUCUAUUUUUACUUUAAUGUUGGUGCUAUUUUAUGACAGAAUUCUUUGUGAUAAUGCUUCCUGCAUUGCUCCUCUAAUUGGUCAAUUCUGCACAAUGUGCACCUGAGGAUGCAUUUGAAUAAAUAAACAAAAUAAAAAUUCUGA